UUAAGUUUGUUUGAAAGACGUUGCCGUACAUCGUUGUUGCGGCCUGCACCGACGCCGAACACACUACUUAUACCCGCUUCACUUAAUUAAAAAUUGGACGCUUCAAAAUACCACCCCCUCUUCUUUCACUACAACUGAACGCACGAAAGUCUCGAUGCAGUAUGUAAAUCCUCUAUUGGACGAUAACAUCAUUCGCUCAAGCUUUUUGGCCUAGUUUAGCUUACUUAGCCUAGCUUGCUAGCAAAGAGACGCAUUUCGUCGCCCUGCAGAGAUUGAGAACGUCAGUGAAGAUUUUGGUCCUGAUAAGCAGGAUCCAGAGUCCAACCACAUGAAGGAGGAAGUGGAAGAUGAAGAGCUCCCCUGCGUUCAAGAAAAAGAGGAUCCAGACCCUCUUAUUAAAAAGGAGGAAGAGCACACUCGCAUCAAAGAGGAGCAGGAAGAGCACCUCCUCACCAAGGAUGGAGAAGAAGAGCUUCCCUACAUCAAAGAGGAGGAGAAGGAGUCUAUUUUCAAGUUGCCAUUGACUGGUGGCCCUUUGAAGAGUGAAGAUGCUGGUCAAAAUGAAGCGUGCAGAGGGGUGGGACCUCCAUGCGGCACUAUGUCAAGUCAACACGUGACAUCAGAAUGUGAUGGAGGAUCACGAGCAGAUUACCUCUUAUCGCCACCGUCAGGUGGUGAUGACAUAACGCAACAUUCUACUGGUGAUCUGACAUGCGAAAGUGACAAACCCUGGAAAUGUUCUCAAUGCGGGAAUAGUUAUGCUUAUGAGUGCAGUUUGAAAAGGCAUAUGUUUAGCCACACUGGUGAGAAACCGUUUUCGUGCUCAGUUUGUGGCCAGACAUUCUCCCAGAAGGGGACCUUAAAAAUACACACAAGAACUCACACUGGUGAGAAACCUUUUGCCUGCUCAGUUUGUGGCCAAACAUUCGCUCAGAAGGGAACCCUAACUAUACACACAAGAACUCACACUGGUGAGAAACCUUUUGCCUGCUCAGUUUGUGGCCAAAAAUUCUCUCAGAAGGCACACUUAACAGUCCACACAAGAACCCACACUGGUGAGAAACCUUUUUCCUGCACAGGCUGUGGUCAAGUAUUCUCUAUGAAGUCAAGGUUAAUUCGGCACACAAGAACCCACACAGGUGAGAAAUCUUUUGCCUGCACAUCUUGUGGUCAAAGAUUUUCAGAUAAGGAAACCUUAAGACAUCACAGAAGAACCCACGCUGGUGAGAAGCCUUUUUCCUGCACAGACUGUGGCCAAAGAUUCUCUCGGAAAGGUGACUUGGAAGGUCACACAAGAGCCCACACUGGCGACAAACCUUUUUCCUGCACAGACUGUGGCCGAACAUUCUCUCACAAGGUAACGUUAAAACGUCACAAAAGAAGGCACGCUAGUCAGAAACCUUUUGCCUGCUCAUUUUGUAGCCAAAGAUUUUCAGAGCAGACAUCUUUGAGAAAUCAUACAAGAACCCAUACUAGUGAGAAGACUUUCCUGCACAGUUUGUGGUCAAAGAUUCUUUCAAAAGGCACACUUAAAAAUACACACAAGAACACACACCGGUAAGAAACCAUUUUCCUGCUCAAUUUGUGGCCAAAGCCUCUCAUGAAAGUAUCAGGUUAAGAAUCACAAGUGCGUUGGUGAGGUGAGCCAUCAUUGAUGAUGUUUUGGCUUCUCAUCUGAGCAGGUUUAAUCAAUUCAUGCUCCAAGAGUGACUGAAUUUGAAGGUGCAGCGAAUUGAAAGCCAACGAAGUUUUGCCCAAAAUGUCUUGGUUUUGAAAUUUGGUUUUACCGCAGUCAGUUUUCAGAUUGUGUUUGUGUUUAUACAUUUUUAUUUUUAAGGAAUAUUUUUGUUUUGUUACUUUGAAUAUGAUAUGAUUUGAAAGUGUUUAAAAAAGGUCCUGCUCUGGAUGGAGUGAUAGUGAACGGAUUUUCAUUUAGACGCUUUCGUAUUGCUUUAUUGCAGUUUUUCAUAGUUUCACAAAAGACUUGCUUUUGUGGCAGGGCUGCCUCAUAUAAUCAUACUUCAGGUAAGAGUUUAAAAUGUUUGACUGCAAGUAAUGAUGUGUUUCUGCGUCUCAGUGAGGAUUUGUUUGUGGUGAGUACUGUGCACGAGGAAGGGCUUUGUUCAAUGUUUGUCAAAUAAUAAAAGCACUGAUUGAAAUAGA